CGAGUAGUGAUACUAUUAUUAUUAACUAGGUAUACUACUUAUAGUAGUCAUAGCUAUAGCUAUAGCAAACUGGGCUGUGCAGACUUCAAGUCAUUGAAUGCUAACAAAUCGGCUGUUGAGACAGUUGAUACCCGUCAACGGGUUUUUAAUAGUAUUAAAUGCAUGCUUGUAUAUCUAUCUAUUUCACUCCGUACCUGUCUACCCCUUAACAUAUGCAUCUACUCUACAUGGGCUAUCAUGCUAUAUCCCCCUGCGGGGCGAACUCUUUCUGCAUCCUUGCAGUUGCAGAUCCGGCACUCGCUCCGUAUGGACCAUGCGGUUCGCUCGAAUCGCUCCAAGUGGGCAGUGUCCAGCGUCCAGUGGACAGUAGACACACGGGACAAUGGAUACUUGCUGGAUUAUUAA